GCCUGGUCCUAUUCUGAAUAGUUACAAGCCUGAGCCUUUCGUUUUCUCUCUUGCGGGUAACAUCUAUGUGCUUUCCACAGGCGUUGAAGACCCUAAAUCUUCCACUUUCGAGGUGCUGAAAUCUAAUAGCAGCAGCUGGGAAGUGCUCCCUCCUCCUCCGUCUGCUUUAUGGAGUCAAAAACACUGCAUAGUCGGGUCCUCUAUCAUUGAUGGUAAGAAGAUCGUUGUGCGUGGCAUGGAUUAUAUAUUUUAUAUUUAUGAUGCCACGGACAAUCAAUGGACCACAAUGCAAUAUCCCUAUGAUCAUCUGCUUAAUAGGACCGGUGACUACUGCCUCCAUGUACAGGACAAUGGUUUCUUGGUAACCGGACCAGGCCAUCCUUUUGUGAUUAAUUGUGGGUCUCAAUCUUUUGAAACCUUUCCAGUAGAUGCUCCAAAUUCUGAAGAGUAUUCUAAGGCAGAUGAUUUAGAUAAAGAUUUUCAUAUCUGUCAAUGGAAUUUAUUCCAUUUAAAGGACAAAAAGUUCUUUUUCGUUGUCUUAUGCGCUGAUUAUAUGAAUUAUAAAUCUUAUGCCCGGCUUGGCACUUUUGAUAUGGAUGAUGACUUUGGAUCUGACGUAUCUGAGGCCAAGCAUUUCAAGAUGGCUGGAUAUGGUAAUGUGUCUGAUGCCAAGCGUUUCAAGAUGGCUGGAUACAGUGUUACCAAUAUGAAAUUCAAGUCUAUUGGUUUAGCAGAUUGUAUACGUUUACUGCCUUAUAUGGUCUCCUGUAAAAUAGGGGCGUUUUCUUUAUGCUGAAUUGUUGUUUCUGACUGGAACAGCGAGAUUGAGCUUGCUAGUAAAGUUGAAUGAGUGCCUGCUUCUUAGCUGGAGUUUACACUUGCGCAGGGGGCAGAUUUUUUUGCAGUUGUGUGUCUUGAACAUGACUGGGUUUAUCUGCAGCAUCUAGUAAGAUGUAGGCAUGGCUUAUAACCAAAACGAAGAUGUAAGACAUAGCAACUGUCUUCUGUUUGUGAAUACAUGCCCUUAAGGCUGAUACAAUGAAGUUAGCAUAAAAUGAGGAAUUUGGAAGGGGGUGAUGCAUCCAGAAUAUUAUACUUUGCUCCCUGAUUAAAUAUAUAUAGAUUUAUUUUAUUAUAAUUUUGAUGACAAUGGAAACGGAAAUUGUUACUGUUUUAGUUAU